AAAGCUGUAAACGGUGUUACGGUAAUUUUCUCCUGCAUGACCGGCAAACUUUAUUUUGUCUUAAAUAUUUAAAGUAUUCUCCUUAAGAUGGAAUGUUUAAUAGGUAUCCAAGGUAGAGAUUUUGUGCUAGUUGCCGCGGACACUGUUUCAGCUAGGAGCAUUGUUUCUAUGAAACAAGAUUAUGAUAAGAUGCACAAAUUAAAUGAUAACAUGCUAAUGUUGGUGACUGGAGAAUCAGGUGACACAGUUCAGUUUGCAGAGUAUAUUGGCAAAAAUAUACAGUUGUACAAAAUGAGGAAUGGUUAUGAGUUGUCACCUAGUGCAGCUGCAAAUUUUACCAGAAAGAAUUUAGCAGAUUACCUGAGGAGUCAGACACCAUACAUGGUCAACUUGCUGUUGGCUGGCUAUGACAAGGAUGAAGGACCAUCUCUUUACUACAUGGAUUAUCUGGCAUCUCUCAACAAACUACCAUUUGCUGCUCAUGGUUAUGGGGCCUUGUUCACAAUGAGUAUAAUGGAUAGGCAUUAUUAUGAUGAUAUAACAUUGGAAGAAGCCAUGGAUCUCUUAUCUAAAUGUGUAAAUGAGAUUCGACAGAGGUUUAUUGUAAACAUGCCAACAUUCAAAGUGCGCUGUAUUGACAAGGAUGGUAUUAGAGAUCUACCUAAUAUAGUUGCUACGACAACACCUUCAUAACAUAUCACAUCAUAAAUCGUCAUUGAUAAAUCCUUUAUUGUUAUGGCACUCUCAUUGCUAUGUCCAUAUAUAAAAUUUCAAACAGUGAAUUGGGCAUUGCAAACUAUCUCUUUUCAAGUGAAAGAAAAAAAUAUUUAAUGAUAUUUUUUAUGUGAAUUAAGGAAAAGAUAUGUGCAAUUUUAGUAAUAAACUUCCCAAUUUUUUUUUUGGUUUUACAGACAUUUAUAUUUUUGAUAUUCUGUUUCAAUACCAGAAAAACAACUUGAGCUUGAGAUGUGUUUUACUAAAUGACAUUUUAUAUCAAACUUGGUAACAGCUAUCAUCUUUUCAAAUUUAAACAUCUGAUUUAUGUCUUAAAAGAAAACUUCUUGUUGAGGUUGGUAUACAACUGGUGUAAUAACUUGCAUAGGGAACAAUGUAUGCAGAUAUAGUUAAUGAAUAUGUCUGUAUUACAAAUUGAUAUACCAGUUGUGAAAAUAAUAGUGCUCUUUAUUGUUUGUAUGUGCUAAGAAUUUCAAUCUUCUAAUAAAUUAUUUGAAUUUUGA